GACGAAAAAAAUCAGAUCUUAAAAAGCAACGUUUGGCUGAGAAUGAUGUGGUAUGAUUACCAGUUGGAAUGGGAUCCAGCCGAGUACGGUGGGAUCACAGUGAUCCGGAUUCAACCGGAUCGUGUUUGGAAGCCUGAUAUCGUUCUAUUCAAUAAUGCAGACGGCAAGUACGAGGUGUCAUUCAAACCAAACCUGGUCAUAUACGACAGCGGUAAAGUUCUCUGGAUUCCUCCAGCCAUCUACAAAAGUUCCUGCACCAUAAAUGUGGAGUAUUUUCCAUUUGAUGAGCAGCAGUGCGAGAUGAACUUUGGAUCGUGGACUUUUAAUGAUCUGCAGGUCGUGUUGGGGUGGUACGAAGGUCAACAAAAGGUUGACCUUGAAGAUUACUCGCCCAGCGGCUCGUGGGACCUCAUAGCUUGCCCCGGACAACUGACCAGCCAGGACAAAGAUGGACAGCACAACAUUUCAAUGAUUACGUAUAAGUUGACGAUACGGCGCAAGACAUUGUACUAUACAGUUAAUUUGAUACUGCCGUGUGUGCUUAUUACCUUCUUGAGUUUCUGUGUUUUUUUCUUGCCCGCUGACGCACAUGAAAAGAUGACCAUGUGCAUUUCUAUACUGCUGGCUCUGGUGGUCUUCUUAGUACUGGUCUCCAAAAUUCUCCCGCCGACCUCAGUAACCACACCGCUGAUAGCCAAAUACCUCCUCUUCACCUUCAUCAUGAACUUCUGCACCAUCAUCAUCACGGUCGUCAUCAUCAACUGGAACUUUCGAACUCCGCGGACGCACCGCAUGCACAGGUGGAUACGUUCGCUGUUCCUCAACUACUUGCCGAGGGUGGUCAUGAUGAAGAGGCCGAACCACGAGAAACGAACUGAGAAAAAACUCUACGCCCACAGGCACGACAGCCGCCAGAUGAGAGAAGCCGACUACAAGAACGAUGUACGCUGUUGUCCUGGAAGAUCUGAUGACGACCUGGAGGAAGAGCCAUUCAAUGAAGACGUCGUAGGUGGUGGAGGUGGGAGGAAAAAUCAGCAGAUGGGUUGUAAGGGUCCCAGUGGGGGUAGCUCCAACGUCGGGCCUGCCUCCUCUCCAGACGCCAUCAAAGCGAUUGAAGCCAUCAAGCUGGUUGCGGCCCAUUUGAAAAAUGAAGAUGAUUACAACGAGAUAUUAGACGAUUGGCGGUACGUAGCGUCUGUCAUAGAUAGGUUGCAGUUGUACGUAUUUGUGGCCAUCACGAUCGGAGGAACGCUGGGAAUUCUCAUCAAUGCACCUCACAUAUUUGAAACGGUCGACCAGGAAAAAGUUCGUGGUUUGGAUAGAAUGAAUGAAUGA